AUGGCUGGGUCGCAGUUAAAGCAGUUAAAGGCUGCAUUAAAGGCUAAUGGUUUAAUUGGGCAGACCAAUAUUAAGAAGAAAAAUAAAAAAUCGAAAACACCUUCAGAAACAAGAAGGAACGACAAACAUGAAAUCUUGAAUAAUAUCAGAAAAGAUUUCAACUUGUUUGACGGCAAAGUUAACAGAACCAAGCGUGAUGUUACUAUGAUUCAAGGAGGAAAGUUUGUUAAAGUUGGAUCAAAGCAACACAAUGACGCUACUAGGGCGAAAUCUGACGUUGAAAAAUCAAUGAAACUUCAGUAUGAAUUAGAUAAAAAGCAAAAUGGAAAAACUGGUGGGUUAAUCGAUAGAAGAUUUGGUGAAAAUAAUCGUAAUUUGACAGCAGAAGAAAAGAUGUUGGAAAGAUUCACUAGAGAAAGACAGGGAAACAAAAAGAAGUUUAAUUUUGCGUUAGGAAGUGACGAUGAGCAAGAUGACGAAGACAAUGAUGGUUUUGUAUUGACACACUCGGGAAAAUCGUUAUCUCUUGACAAUGAUUUGGAUGAUACCAAAUUAGGUGCAUCAAAUACUAAGUAUUAUGACGAAGACUCUUUAAUGCCGGAAGAAGCUCAACCAAAGAGGAAGUCGAAGCAGGAAGUAAUGAAAGAAGUUAUAGCCAAAUCCAAAUUUUAUAAGCAUCAAAGACAAAUGGAAUUUCAAAAAGCCCAAGAUGAAAUUAUGAAUUUAGAUGAUGAAUUUGGCGAUAUAAUGACUGAAUUCAAUAACAAUGCAACCAAAAAGUCACCAAAUUUUUCUACAAAAACUCCAGAGGAGAUUGAGUAUGAUAAUAAAGUUAGGGAGUUAACUUAUGAUAGACGUUCUGUUCCAGCAGAUAGAACCAAAACAGCUGAAGAAUUACAAAAGGAGCAUGACACCAGAUUACAAAAACUAGAAGCAGACAGGUUACGCAGAAUGAAUGGGGACUUUGGUGAUAGAGAAGCAGAGGCAGAUGAUUUGGAUGGAUUUUGGAAUGGCAGUGCCGAUGAAGAAGAAGGCUUUGCUAUUGAAAAUAGCGAUGAAGAAGAAGAAGGAUCUAGUGGUAGUGAAGGUGAUAUUGAUCAAUCCAAGCCAUCUGGCAGGACUUUAAAAAAGACAACCGUUCAAAUGCCAGGUACACAUGAAGAUUUCAUUGCUUCAUUAUCCACAAUUGAAGAUUCAAAACAUUGUAAUUAUAUCAACAAGGUGAUUGAAACCUAUCAACCCAGACUCGCAGAGGGGAACAAGGAAAGAAUGAAUGUAUUUGUUGGUAUUUUAUUCAAGCAUAUUCUAUACUUAGCUAAUGAACUGAAUCCUCCCGCAGAAAACAUUAAUGAAAUGAUGAAAAUUUUGAAAAAGCUAAGCGAAAGUUACAACGAGAAAUUGGUAGAAGCCAUUAGAAUUGAAAUUAAUGAUAUCCAAAGUAGAAUUUUCAAUCUUCAACCAAGAGAUUUAGUGUAUUUUGUGAUAAUUGGCUAUUUAUUUUCUACAUCAGAUCAUUAUCAUUUAGUCGUAACCCCAACGCUUAUAUUGAUGAAUGAAAACAUAUCAAGCAUUCCAUACGAUAAGACAACCACAAUAAAUCAAAUUGGUCAAGGUUUAUUUAUUGUUGAUAUAUUAUUGAAUUACCAAACCUUUUCCAAAAGAUUUACUCCAGAAAUCGUGUGCUUCUUAGAAAAAGCUGCAUUACUUUGCUUCCAGAUCCCGAAAAACUAG